AUGCCUCUGCUCAGCGAAAGCCUCAAAGCGAUGAAAGAAGUUGAGGAAGUUGGAGUUCAAAAGGGGCUUGUAGAUGUUUUAAUGCUUACUUAUGAAGAACUUGAUGGAUUCCAGCUGUGAAUAUCUGUUUCGCAACCUCCUUCGAUGAUUUAUCGUCUGCUCUUACCAUGUAUUUGUGAGGUCAUUGACGUCAAAUGUUGACUUCUUUCAAACUAAAAAUUUAAUUCUGUUAUAAAAGCAAUUACUCUGCUUUAUGUAAUCCUUGGCAUGUCUGCAACUUUUUAUUCGAGGUGCAACGUCUAAUCUGACCUCCCCAAAUCCCCGCAUCCAUGACCGAUGUCCUGGCUAAUCUGUCUGUUAUCCCCUGAAUCCAUAUUAUUCAUCAUGAGAUCUAUGGGGUCCAACUGGUUAUCUUCACCACCUUUUCGGGCUUACAAAGUGAUCCGCGCGUGUUUUUAUCCUUGGUUCACUGACCAUUUUUUAUUCUUUUAUCCCCCCAGGAUUCGGGUUUUUGGAUUUAAAUUAUUUUUUGUAUUCAGAAUGACCCUUCUGAAUGUUUUUGUUGUUCUGCUUGGAUUAAUCGGGGCCGUAAAUGCUGAGGACAAGGCCGAGGUCAAUAUUCGGGUGUCAGGCCAAUGCAGUCCAGGUAGGGUUACUGUAAUUUGAUUGUAAACUUGUUUUGUUUGCAUUACCUUUCCUUAUUUUAAUUGCAGUGUAUCUAAGUCGUCGGGGAAUUGAACUGAGCAAAUAUCGACCGCUGAUCCGAUUUAAUCCCGACAAAAUCCAGCUGAUUCCGAAGAAUCCGGUGAUCCCUGGUUGUGUAAAGAUCAAAGCCGAGGGCGUCGAGAUUCUGAAGCCGAUUAGGAAUCUGAUAGCCGAGGUGGAGAUGAGGAUUGGCGGCACCCCCGACCCCAACAACCCCACUUUACCGUGCAGUAAAAAGAUCGAUGACAAGGUCAACCAAUGUCCCUGUGCCAAAACCGAGGGGUCCUGGUCUGUUAUGCCCAUUUAGAGUUGAUGAUCCAGAUUUUAGUGUGUUCUGUGACUUCUGCAGACAAAUGAAGAGCCAGACUUCGAGGAUCUCGGUGACAGAAUCGCCGUUAAAUAAGAAGACCGAGUCGUUGGAUGAGUCUUGUAAAUGCGAUGUAAUGCAGCCAGGUCUUUAUGACAUUGAGACCGAGAUGUGUACGCCUGAAUUGGACGAUGCCAAACAGUACAUUCCUCCCGAAAUUCAGAAUAAUAUUUUGGAAAAAACUCCGGUAAUUUUUCACUCGAUUACUGUAUUUUCUCUUGUGUUUUCUUGCAGUGAAAUUAGUCUUCAUUUCAGAUCUCAAUGUUUAUCACCGUUUAUCUGAUGGAUAUGGCCCCCAAUCCAAACGAAUCGUAUCUCUCGGCCUUCGGCAAGGCCAUUCUGCAACGUCGUAUGGCUCAGAGCACCGUCGCUUGUUUCUUGAUGGGUUUAGAUGUUACUAUUGGAGGCGCUCAAUAAAUAAUAAUAUACAAAUAUAGUUGUUAUGGUCAUAAGUUCUACAUAUACAUAUGUCUUUCUUUUUGCACAGAGUUUUCGGAUCCAGGUCAAGCCACAUUGUUUUUGAGACGAUUUGAAUGACCGAUGUUAGUUUAAUGUUGUUUUAGAUCAUUGAAUGGCUGGAAUUACCCGAUGACGAACGCCCUUACUUCCUUGGGGUCUACUUUGAGCAGCCGGAUGGAGUUGGUCAUAAUAAUGGGACAGAUACGGACACUAUUCAGACAGCUUUGAUCAACAUCGAUGCCAUGGUUAAUUACCUUUUAUCGAGGUUGGAUAGGAAGGGAUAUCUCGGAUGUGUAAACAUUGUGUUACUCUCUGAUCAUGGAAUGCAAAAAUUAAGGACGGAAAACGCAAAGAUGGAGGAUUACAUCGACAUUAAUGACGAGAAUAUUAUCGCCACUGACGGGGUGAUCAGCCAUUUGUACUGGAAAGACAAAAGUAAGAGCACUAAAAGUAUAAUAAAGCGAGUUUAGCUAAUUUAAACAUCACAGAGAAGAUUGCGCCAUUCCGUUGUAAAAAAGGAGAAUACUAUUAUGUCCAUACUCCGGAUACCUUGCCAAAAAGAUAUCAUUAUGCAUCAACACCCAGGGUUGGCGAUGUUAUUUUGGAGUCAUCGGUUGGCCAUAUUAUGUAUAAGUAAGCGUUUAAGAGUGCUAACAGUACCUACAAAACUAUUUAGUCUAACUAAAUUUAUUUUUAUUUUCAGAAACAAACAACGAGAAGAAAAGAGUACACUAAGAGGAGACCAUGGAUAUGACUUUGCACUGAAGCCGAUGAGAGCCAUAUUUGGAGCUUAUGGACCGUCGGUCAAGAAGAAUUUAGAGAUUGCACCAUUUCAGAAUGUGGAGCUCUACAAUCUUUUUGUUGGUAGGUGGCCCACUGCCCGUUGUAAUCAUUCAUUUAGAUCUGAUGCAACUCCCAAUAGCAGCGCCAAACAAUGGAACCAGGGGAUCUUUAUAUAACAUCUUAAAGAACCCCCCAACAUAUGAGAAUGGACCUCAGAUUGAUCUUCCAGAGUGUUUCGGAGUUAGUCUUGUCAACUGUGGCGAUGGCUGUCAUUUCAAGGUAAUUUAAACUCUCGAAUUUUCCGUGCGGAUUCUUCCAUCAGAUCCUGAAAAUUUUAUUUACAUAUAUGUUACAUACAUUAGGUUGCCUUUGUGGCGUCUCUGCCGAGUGCCGGAAAAAAACUUGAACACGAAUACGGAUUUAUUUUUAGCUUACAGGGGAAGUACUCCAAGUGCGACGCUCAGAUUUUGAUGAAACUGGGCACAAAUUUAGAAUAAUUUUUUUAAAGAUAUAUGCGAGAAUCCUAGCUCGCGCUUUGCAGAAACAACCAAAAUUUUUAGAUCGAAAAUCGGCGAAAAUUUAGGACUUUUUGCCGAAUUUCGGCACGAAAAGUUUCACGCCUAUUUCAACCGUAAAGGAUAAUGUUUCAACAAAAAAUCAAAUUUUUCCGCACAAAACUGCCAAAGUUAUGGCCAAAAAGCGCUUUUCUGUCUGACCGCUCUCCAGGUUUAGCGCGCUCUCUCGGCGGCAAAAAUCGUUCGAUAUCUCGGCGGCUCCCGCAAAGCGCGAGCUAAAACUUUCAGGAAUUCAUAUUUAGUCCAUACCCGACGUGUGUGCAAAAUUUAAAGAAAAUCUGAGCGUCGCACUUGGAGUACUUCCCCUGUUAAUUAUAAUUUAUGCACCGUACAUUCGUAUACACACAUAUAUUACAAUGAUGAUUUUGAGUUUCAGAUUCAAACCGAAGAGGAAGAAAAGCAAGCUUGCAAUCGACUUGACCGAAUGCAAGUCCCGGAAGAAUGGGCUGACUCGGCCACACUCUGCACCAUCGGGAUUUGUAAUGCGACCUUAGUCUACGACCAGGACCUGGGCCAAGCCAAAUUCGUGGAAAGUCUUCUGAAAGCCGAGAUUCCACACAUUGAUCAUCGGGCGUCUUGCACUGUGCAUCUCAAGUUUAGUAAUAAAGUAAAAAUGGAUCAUGAAGAUGAUGAGAAUCCCCAAAGUAGAAUCCUUUCAACUCCAAUCAUACCGACUGUCAGCAAUUGCUCUAAAGGAAUGACUUUGACAUCGAAUACGUCUUGGAUUACCCUGUUUAAUGACAAUGAUUACUCUCGAUAUCUGGCUGAAGGACAGAUUUCGGCUCCAAUUGGAUUCAUUAAAGGGAUUUGGAAUGACUUCUUGGCUCUUCUGAAGAAGUAUCAGAGGCAUUAUAAGAACCUCGUCAUGUUUGCUGGUCCCAUAUAUGACGUUGAUCAUAAUGGACUGCGAGAUUCGACAGAACAGAUUGUUAAUGUGUAAGUUUAAUGUGUAUUUGCAUGUGUGAAUGUAAUACCUAUCGCUUGUUUUUGGGUAAAGUGUUUUUAAGCAUCCAUUUUUAACUCUUUACACUUGUUUUCCAGAGCAAAAAAGCAGCCGACUCAUGUUUUUAUCAUCCUCCUUCGCUGCAAAGGUAGCUGGCAUCGGAGUGGCCGUUAUUGUGAGGAUUCCAAGGCCACAAGAGUGCUCUCAUUUCUACUUCCCCUUCUUGAUAGUGACUUGAAUUGUUUGGUAAGAAUUUUUUAAUCAAUGAGUGUUUUUUAGCAACCCCUUGAAUAUCUUUAUCGCCACACAUGCAGAGUCCGAGACAUUGAAUUACUAACAGGCUUGGAAUGGUUCACAAACAGGGCCGUCUACGAUGAUGAACUGGCAUUACGCCUGAGGACGCAGCAGAACGAGGAAUUGUGGCAAAUGGAACAUCCCUAG